AUGAAUGAAAACACUAAGUCAUCGACACAUUUGCAUGGUGGCAAUCUCGCAAAAGAAGUAAAUGACUGUCGGUUCGAUCGAUGGGGUCUCAUUUUAACUCGUACUCAGCCAGUAGAAUCGAACGCAAAUACCAGAUUCCUUGGAAAGCAGCUGAAAAAUCCUAUUGGAUUGGCAGCUGGCUUCGAUAAGAACGGUGAGGCUAUUCGUCCUCUAGCGGAAUGGUCCGGUUUCGGUCUUAUCGAGAUCGGCACUGUCACGCCCAUUCCACAGCAAGGUAACCCACGACCGCGGCUAUUUCGUCUCCUAGAAGACGAGGCUAUUAUCAAUCGUAAUGGCUUCAGCAAUGACGGCGUGGGCCGCGUACAACAGCGGGUAAAAGCUGCUAGAGACGAAUGGAAUGACAACUUGGCGAUGUUUGGUGUGAAUAUAGGAAAGAAUAUGCUUUGUGAUGAAGCCAAGCUCGAUUAUGAGAUUGGUGUCAAUUAUUUUGCGGCCUAUAGCGAUUACGUGGUUAUCAAUGUGUCCUCUCCUAAUACUCCCGGUUUACGAGCUAUUCAAAAGAAAUCGGAUUUACAAAAUUUACUAACCUAUGUAAAACAUGCCGUUGACGUCAUGGAAUUAGAUCCACGCCCAAAGAUGCUCCUCAAGAUUGCUCCUGAUCUCACAGAAUCCGAGAAGAAGGAUAUUGCCCAGGUAGUUAUGGAUUCGAAGUACGGUAUUGACGGUUUAAUAGUUUCAAAUACGACCAUUGCUCGCCCUGAUGGACUAAGAAGUGAGAACAAGGUGGAACCUGGUGGUCUCAGUGGUGCACCGCUCCGUAAAAUGAGUACAGAAUGUAUUCGAGAAAUGUACAGAUUCACCAAUGGACGAGUACCCAUUGUAGGAUGCGGCGGUGUGUCAAGCGGCGCUGACGCGUAUGAAAAAAUUCGAGCCGGAGCAUCAGUUGUGCAGCUCUACUCAGCUUUAGCAUAUCACGGAUUCCCAGUUGUAGGAAAGAUAAAACGUGAACUAACAGAAUUGCUGAGACGAGACGGCUACACAAACAUUAGUCAAGCUGUAGGUGCUGAUCAUAGGAUAUGA